GGGGGGGGAAAUACAUGUACUGUAAUACAGGAUCAUUGGUGGAAAAUGAGCCGAAUCUAUCACAACACAUCUUUAAAAAACAAACCAGUACACAAUGAGAAAUAUGACAGCGUGUGGUCACCCGGCUCACAUGAAAGUGGUCCUGGAGUGAUUCUUGAAGGAACACUUGUUGAUGUUUCUAGACAUGCACUGACCGAUGUCAACAAUCAGAAGGUUCGUUACCAUGUCCUAUACAUCAAACCUAGACGUGUCCAUCGGAGAAAGUUCGAUGCUAGCGGGAAGGAGAUUGAGCCAAACUUCAGUGACACCAGAAAGGUCAACACAGGCUUCCUCAUGUCCUCAUACAAAGUGGAAGCUAAAGGGGAGUCGGACAUCCUGUCAGAGGAGCAGCUGUCAGCAUUGAUAUGUAAAGCCGAGCUGCUUAGGAUAACUGACACGCACAGACCUGACGGGACAUGGGCCUUCUGGUAUCCUGAGUGCGAGAUGGACAAAACAGAGCUGGAGACCGGAACAGACAUUCGACUUAAGACCAGAGGAAACAGCCCCUUUAUAUUCUCCUUAGCAACAGUAGAUGGCGGCACAGUGUCAAAGUGUAACUUUGCUGGAGAUGAGACUACUGGAGCAUCGUGGACGGACAAGAUUAUGGCUAAGAAAGCUGGAACAGAUAACAUCCAGAAGCCUGCACGUGAAGGAGAAGGAUCACAGGAGGAUGAAUGGGGCGACUAAAGAAAAGACAUCAACAGCCUUGAGCUCUCGGCCCAUCUCCAGAUUGAACUUCCUCAACUUCUGCUUGAUGUCCUGGAUCAGAUUUCCUCCGUACCCCACAAGACACUGAACGUCUUGCACACGUGGCCUUGGCUUCAACUGUUUCCUCACCUCCUACAAAGUGAAACAGAACUGUUUUGUCUCAUUUGAGUAAAGCUGGCAGUUUUAUUUUCUGGCUUUGAUUUAGUCACAUAUACAAGCUCUGUUAUUUGA